AGGAUAAGAUAUAAACGUUUAUCAUCCUGAACCAUAGAAAACCCUAGCCGCCGUGAGCAGAAAUGGUGUCGCUGAAGCUACAGAAGCGGCUCGCCGCUAGCGUCCUCAAGUGCGGCAGAGGCAAGGUCUGGCUCGAUCCCAAUGAAGGCAAUGAGAUCUCCAUGGCUAACUCUCGUCAAAACAUAAGGAAGUUGGUCAAGGAUGGUUUCAUCAUCAGGAAGCCAACCAAGAUUCACUCUCGAUCUCGUGCUCGUCGAAUGAAGGAGGCUAAGAGAAAAGGCCGUCAUUCAGGAUAUGGUAAGCGUAAGGGUACCAGGGAGGCAAGAUUGCCAACCAAGAUCCUAUGGAUGAGAAGGAUGAGGGUAUUGAGGCGUUUGCUUCGUAAGUACCGCGAGGCAAAGAAAAUCGACAAGCAUAUGUACCAUGACAUGUACAUGAAAGUUAAAGGUAACGUUUUCAAGAAUAAACGUGUGCUGAUGGAAAGCAUCCAUAAGUCAAAGGCUGAGAAGGCCCGUGAGAAGACUUUAUCCGACCAGUUUGAAGCCAAACGUGCAAAGAACAAGGCCAGCAGAGAACGUAAAUUAGCCCGAAGAGAAGAACGAUUUGCUCAGGGCCCACAAGAGAAAACUCCCGCCGCACCAGUGGCGACUCCUGCUGCAGCACCGACACAGGCGCCAAAGAAAUCCAAGAAAUGAGAUUCUUUUCGGUUUUAUGGAUACUCGAUAUGUUGGAUGUCUUUAGUUCCUCUUUUAUCAUUUUUAGUCAUUUGUUUGUUUUAAUAUCUUUUUGUUUGGGAAUUUUUGUUUCUAGGAGACUAAACCUUUUGAUACAAUGAAUUUUGCCUGUUUAUUUCAUGUUUGUUUUGUUUUACU